GAUAGUGAUGACAAUUGUGCUGCUGCUUUGCAUCGUUUUGUGCUUAACCCACUUGGGUCGAAGUGUCGAAUUGGAUCGCAGUUGGAUGAAUAUAAUACCUCCUGAUUACGAUAAUUACGCGCCUCCAAUUGUUGACGGUAAACCUGUUACUGUUUAUAUCAAUUUGGAAAUCAUGGAUGUGGAUGAAAUACGAGAGCAGACAAUGGACUUUCGUAUGUUCUUCUUUUUGAAUGCGUAUUGGACAGAUCCUAGAUUGAAACUCGAAGUUCUUAAUUUAACAUUGUCAAAGAUACUUCCUCCUUCCGCAGAUGACACUCUGUGGGUUCCGGAUUUGAUGUUUGACAACACUAAAUGGGGUCAUCUUUUCCAAUAUUCCAUUCCGAAUACUUUCAUUUUAAUAACUAAGGAUCUUAUCUUUCGAAAAAGCACAAGGUAA